AUGGCCCUGGGCACGCUGGGCGCCAUCGGCGACGGCUGCUCCACCAACCUCCUCCUCAUCUUCGCCAGCGACGUGAUGAACUCGCUGGGCCGCGGCCACGCCCAGCAGCAGGGCAGCGCCACCAGCGUGCACUUCAUGCAUGACAUCGAGAAGUCGUGCCUCAACUUCGUCUACUUGGCGUUCGCCAUCCUGGUGGUGGCGUCCAUGGAGGGGUACUGCUGGAGCCGGACGAGCGAGAGGCAGGUGCUCCGGAUCAGGCACCUGUACCUGGAGGCCAUCCUGCGGCAGGAGGUGGCCUUCUUCGACUCGCAGGAGGCCACCACCUCGGAGAUCAUCAACAGCAUCUCCAAGGACGCCUCGCUCAUCCAGGAGGUGCUCAGCGAGAAGGUUCCUCUGUUUCUGAUGCACUCCACGGUCUUCGUCUCUGGACUCGCCUUCUCCACCUAUUUCUCCUGGAGGCUGGCUUUGGUUUCCUACCCUCUGGUCCUGCUCCUCAUCAUCCCUGGCCUCAUCUACGGGAAGUACCUUCUGUACCUCUCCCGCGAGUCGCGCCGCGAGUACGCCAAGGCAAACUCCCUCGUGGAGCAAGCACUCGGCUCCAUCAAGACCGUUUACUCCUUCACUGCAGAGAAAGGGAUCAUCCAGAGGUACACAGCAAUCCUCGACAAGACCAUCAACCUGGGGAUCAAGCAGGGCAUUGCCAAAGGCCUUGCUGUCGGAUUCACCGGUCUCUCUUUCGCCAUUUGGGCCUUCCUCGCCUGGUAUGGCAGCCGGUUGGUGAUGUACCAUCAUGAAAGCGGAGGGAGGAUAUACGCCUCAGGAAUCUCCUUUGUUCUGGGUGGCCUAUCCCUUGGAAUGGCACUCCCGGAGCUGAAACAUUUCAUUGAGGCCUCGGUUGCUGCCACGAGAAUUCUCGAACGGAUCAACCGUGUGCCCCAGAUCAACGACGAUGACCCAAAGGGGCUUGUUUUGGAUCAAGUCCGUGGAGAGAUCGAGUUUGAGUCCAUCCACUUUGCGUACCCAUCCAGGCCUAAUAUGACGCGCUUCUACGAUUCCAGUGAAGGAACUGUCAAGGUCGACGGCUUCGACAUCAAGAAACUAAAUCUCAAGUCGAUUAGGAGCAAGAUGGGACUUGUCAGCCAAGAUCAUGCACUGUUCGGCACAUCCAUAAAAGAGAACAUCUUAUUCGGCAAACCAGAUGCAACCAUGGAUGAACUCUAUGCAGCAGCCAUGACAGCAAAUGCUCACAACUUCGUAAUGGGGCUUCCUGAGGGAUAUGAGACUAAGAUUGGUGAGCGUGGAGCGUUGCUAUCAGGUGGCCAGAAACAGCGGAUUGCCAUUGCAAGGGCGGUCCUCAAGAACCCUGCUAUACUUUUGCUCGAUGAAGCCACAAGCGCACUUGACUCAGAGUCAGAGAAGCUAGUGCAGCAUGCACUUGAUCAAGCAUCUAUGGGAAGAACAACACUGGUCGUAGCUCACAAGCUUUCGACCGUGAAGAAUGCCGAUCAAAUCGCGGUAGUCGAUGGGGGUAGCAUAGCAGAAAUUGGGACACAUGAUGAGCUGAUCAACAAGGGUGGCCCAUAUUCACGACUUGUGAAAUUGCAGAAGAUGGUGAGCUACAUAGAUCAAGAAACUGACCAAUUUAGGGCCUCCUCAGCAGCAAGGACCAGUGCCAGCCGUCUCAGCAUGUCCAGAGCAAGUCCCAUGCCACUCACACCAGGUGUUUCAAAAGAAACCGGGUCAUAUGUUUCCCCACCUGCACCGUCUUUCUCAAGGCUUCUUGCAAUGAAUGCACCAGAGUGGAAGCAAGCACUCAUAGGAAGCAUCUCUGCAUUGGUAUAUGGUUCCUUGCAGCCCAUCUAUGCUCUAACCAUCGGAGGAAUGAUUGCUGCAUUCUUUGUUCAGGACCACAAUGAGAUGAAUGCAAUCAUCAGCCGCUAUGCAUUGAUCUUUUGCUCCCUGUCCCUGGUAUCCAUUGCUGUUAAUCUACUGCAACACUACAAUUUCGCCUACAUGGGGGAGCACCUAGUUAGGCGUAUCCGAGUCCAAGUGCUUGAGAAGAUCUUAACCUUUGAGGCAGCAUGGUUUGAUGAAGACACAAAUUCAAGUGGCUCAUUGUGCUCUCGGCUAAGUGACGAGUCUUCUCUUGUCAAAACCCUUGUCGCAGACAGGAUCUCCCUGCUACUUCAAACAGCUUGUGGAAUUGUAAUUGCGGUGACAAUGGGACUCAUAGUAGCAUGGAAACUUGCCCUUGUCAUGAUUGCUGUACAGCCCUGCACGAUGAUAUGCUACUAUGCCAAGAAGAUAGUUCUUUCAAAUGUGUCAAGGGACUUGGCAAAGGCUCAGUAUGAAAGUACUCAGAUUGCCAUCGAAGCUGUUUACAACCACAGGAUGGUGACCUCAUUUGGAUGUUCAUCGAAGAUUCUUCAGCUCUUCGAGCAUACACAAGAGGAACCAUUGAGGAAAGCAAGGAAGAAGUCAUGGGUAGCAGGGAUAACCACAGGGCUGUCGCCGUGCCUCACAUUCUUAUCAUGGGCAUUGGACUUCUGGUAUGGUGGGAAAUUGGCACAGUCCGGGGAGAUCUCAGCAGGUGAUGUCUUCAAAACCUUCUUCGUCUUGGUGAGCACAGGAAAGCUGAUCGCUGAUGCUGGCAGCAUGACAUCUGACCUGGCAAAGGGAUCAAAUGCCGUUGCUUCAGUUUUCGAGGUGCUAGAUAGGAAAUCUAUCUCUCCGCAAAAUUCACAGGUGGAAAAGGACAAUCCGAAGAGCAAAAUACAAGGACGAAUAGAGUUCAAAAAGGUGGAUUUUGCAUAUCCAACAAGGCCACAAUGCCUGAUCCUGCAAGAUUUUAGCUUGGACGUCAAAGCAGGAACAAGCAUUGGCCUGGUGGGGAGAAGUGGAUGUGGUAAAUCCACAAUCAUAGGUUUGAUCCAGAGGUUCUAUGAUGUUGAUAGAGGUGCUGUAAGGAUCGAUGGUAUGGACGUGAGGGAGAUGAAUGUUCUUUGGUAUCGAGGAUUCACUGCUCUAGUUAGUCAGGAGCCCGCAAUGUUUUCUGGCAGUGUCAGGGACAACAUUGCCUUUGGUAAACCAGAAGCUGAUGAAGAAGGGAUUGUCGAAGCUGCUAAAGCCGCAAAUGCGCAUGAAUUCAUCUCAUCUCUGAAGGAUGGAUACGAUACUGAUUGUGGAGAGCAUGGCAUACAACUAUCAGGGGGGCAGAAGCAAAGAAUUGCAAUUGCGAGGGCAAUAAUCCGAGAUCCAGCUAUACUACUUCUUGAUGAAGCAACAAGUGCUCUCGAUGCACAGUCCGAGCAAGUGGUGCAGGAAGCACUUGAUCGGAUCAUGACAGGGAGGACCACAAUCGUAGUGGCACAUCGACUAAACACAAUCAAGAAUGCAGACUCAAUAGCCUUCUUAGGAGAGGGCAAGGUGAUUGAGCGUGGUACUUACCCGCAGCUCAUGAACAAGAAGGGAGCAUUCUUUAACCUGGCAACCCUUCAGAAAUAA